AUGGCUACCUCAGACACGAGCUCUACUGCCACAUCCCCGACGAAUGCCGCCGUCGUCACCGGGCCUGUCGUCACCACCGAAAACAGCACCUUUUCGAGGCUUGGCCAUGCGCUUUCCCUAGUUCAGCAGAUCGAGGCGCUUGGGGAGGACCCUCCAGCGCGCUCUUGGGUGUGGAAAUACGGCUUUUGCGUUGCCCUUGUCGUCGAUCCAACUGUCAAGAUGAAGGCGAAAAGCUUCCAUUUCGUCUGCAAGCGAUGUAGUGCAACGUUCAACGCUCAAUCGACUUCGGCCGCACGAAGUCAUCUCGAAGAACAACACCGUAUUUUUGACGAUAAACCUCACUCGAAUUCGAACGACCCCCAAGCUACAACAUCAAGAAAACGAGCUGCAACCAACCACAGUAUUAGCGAGAUGUUGAGCCGCAACAAGAACAAAAAGUCGACGGCCGUGGUUCCAAGAACCCAAGGGGAGCGCUUUCGUUACCUCCUUGUUUGUUGGAUGGCUACGGCAAACAUUCCGUUCGCCGCGGUGGAAAACAAGUAUUACCGUCAAAUACUACAGCUCUUCAACGCUCCAUUAACUGACGCCCUUCUUCCAAAAGGGGGGGGAUACAACAAGAAGCUGGCUCACAAGCCUUCCUUCAAGCAACCAACAAGAAGCUCAUCAAGUCCCUGGCACCGGAAUCCCUGGCACACCACAACGCAGCGGAAGAGGGAAGGCUUCUUCAUGGAAUGGCGCAAGUCUGGCCCUAUUGGAAAGCUCCACUUCCUGGUUCAUCACAUUCGCCGCAGUCCUCAACGCCGGGAUCUGUUUUCGGAUAUCGCUAAGGGCAAGUUGACAGAGGAAGAACAGCAAGAAUUCGGCGCUAUUCUAAUCGACAAGGACAUUGCAAAGCUGCAGUUGCGUUCGGACAAUGAGACUCGAUGGCAUUCAGUCUACCACAUGAUCGACCGGGCAAUCAUGUUACGUGAUCCUCUGGAUUAUUUCGUCAACAUCGUGACCAAGAAGGAUCCAGAUAAUAUCACGAGCGAUGACCAGCUUACGCCUUCAGAGUGGGUGGUGCUCAAAGAGAUCCGUUGCAUCUUGGAACCGUUCAAAAUCAUUACAAAGAAGUUUGAGGGCCGGAAACCAAACUUUGCGGACGUCGUAUCACAUGCCUACACCCUGCACAGGAACCUCAACGAACUCUAUCAACAGUAUGCCAGAACAGCCAGUCAACAUCACGAUUUCCAUGGGGGUCCCUGGGUUGGUAUACGGCCACCGUCGCCGGCCCUGGGAAACUCUCUCAAUCCCGGUCGGAUGCAGUCGCUUUCGUCAGACCCAGACCCAGAUAUUGAACCCCCAAGUCAACGUGUUGAGCCUCCAAGUCAACGGCGGUCUGGGCGAACAAUCCGGCCUUCCCAGCUCACUUGGACGACUUUGAAGGUUGACCUCCCAGCACUUGGAUAUCGGCCCUCUACCACAGAGCCCCACCCAGCGCCAUCGCCACGCCCUCAACAGCGCGUUGUUCAACUUGGGGAGGUAAUUGACGAUGAAGUUGAUGAUACUGGGUAUGCCUUUAUCCAAAAGAGUCUCAAACUUGCCAUUGAGAAGCUGGAAAAGUAUCUGGCGAUCAUGGACGCCACCCCAGCUUAUUGGGCGGCAAUGAUACUACUUCCGAACUGUAAGAUGCGGUGGAUCGAGCGUUUUUUUACAGAUGAUCCGCUUAAGUCGUCCGACAUUCAAGCCCGGUUCCGGGUUUUCUUUGACCACAAUUAUCCUCGACCGGCUCCGGAUUCAUCAAACGGGUCCCGGGACCGACCUUCACAUCGCCCGGCGUUUGGGUAUGACUUCUAUGACCCUCCGGAUCGCGUAUCCGUUGAUGAGCUAGUGCAGCUUCAAACCGCCUUUAGUUAUUCAAUCCCUUUACCAUCCAAGGAGAAAUACACGGCAUCGUGA